AUGCCUGACUUAGCAAAUACAAUUGUUCAAUAUUGCAAGAAUUUGAAAGACUUGAGAAUACAUCAUCCUUAUCACUAUAUGAGUGAUGCUGCUUUAAAAAAGUUGACAGAGUUGGUAAAUCUCGAAUGUUUAAUAUUGCUUGGUUGCAUUAAGCUCAGUAAGGAAUCAAUAAUCGUCAUUUCAAACAAUUGUAAAAAACUUAAACGUUUAGAAGUUCCUGGUUGCUUCAUAGUACCAUUUGCUUUUCUUGAUGAGUUUUCAAAAUUACAAUAUCUUGAACAUCUCAAUUUGUUUGGGACAUUAAAUCUUAAAAGUAGUGCAAUUACUGCUAUUGCUAAUAAUUGUAAAAAUCUAAAAAUUUUACAAAUUCAAGAUUGCAAUGUUAUUACUGAAGCAGCUCUUGUUGCUAUAACAAAGUUGGAAAAUUUACAAAAACUAGACAUAAGCUUUAUUGAUAUAAUUACGGACAGCUUCCUUAUCAAAUUAAAAGGAUUAAAAGAAUUGCAUUGUAAUGGUUGCAAGAAGCUUACUAAAGUUGGUAUUAUUGAACUUAUAAAAAAUAAUCCAGAUCUUGAUGUGAUUGAUGUCAGACUCAUAGGUAAAAUUAAAAUUGACUUUGUUAUUGAUGCUGAUCAGGUUACUAAAAGUCGUACAAAUGGUAUUAUUUUACACAUAAAAAUAUCUAAUCCGUCAAUAAUACAAGCUUCCAAGUCAAUAAUUAAAUCUCAAUGGUUAGUUGUUGAAGAUAUAUAA